AUGUGCUGCCUUCAACUCACAGCGGCCAUAAUAAAUCGACCGUCGACCAAAGAAGACGGUCUGUUGGGUGGCAGCAGGCAGGUGGUCGGCAAUAGCUACCUCAAUCAACAACGACCGCUCUGGAUAUUGGAAGAUCAAGUGCCGCAAAGCGAUUACGCUGACUUGGUCUACACAACACAGAGUCCUUACAACUAUCAAAUGCAACAGAUGCAGCCGCAGCAACAAACGCUGCAGCACUCCAAUCAAGUAAGUCAAUCAAAUAGAGUCGCACAUCACCAAUCGCACGCUAUGAGUGUUCAUCAACAACAACAAUUGCAUCCACAACAAUCAACGCGCACGCCACACUUAGCUCGCCCCCAAUCUCAGCGUACCAUGCAACAGUCACGUGCUUAUAAGUACUCACCACGUUUACAACUCCCACGUCGCUAUCUACCCUUGCAAUAUGUCCGCUUCCAACAGCGCUUGCGUCCUCAGUUGGCACGUAAACAGCCACGCUUUAUAGCCACUGACACAGUGAUUCCCACACGCCGACGUGAGAACUACAUACCGCGCAUCAGCAUGCCCACCUUCGAUAGCAUGCCUGGCGAUGAAAGCGAUCGCGAGCCGCCAGUCUUCAUUUAUACUGGACCCAAAGGCCAACUGAUACUUAACACCAUAUUGACCGCGCCCAAGUAUCCGAUGCAGGAGCCUGUGCCGGGACAAGUACUUUAUCCGCCUACUGUGCCCAUUUUCCGACCCAAGCCGAUUGUGGAGCGCUUUCGCCUGCCGGGAAGUACGGAUACGUUGAAUCUCACGCUCAUUCCUUUCUAUGCUCAUGAAGCUAUUGACAUGAGUCAGGCGUCGCGCAUGUUGGGGCAUGAGCAAGCGUUGAACCAGGAAGCGACCACUGUCCAACCGAGUGUGGUAUACGCUGCCCCAGCUGUUAUGCCUCCAACCGCAGAUUCGGCAACGGAUGAAUCUGCGCCGCCAACGAAAAAGUUUCGUACGAAGAAAGGUAAACUCUAUUCUGCCUAUCAUUCACCCAACGAAGUGCAGUGGACCCCAAUGACUCCGGACCAGCUAAAGCUCAUCACAUCGACGACAACUCCCUACCCGCUGACGGCACCGAGUCCGCUGCAAAACCAUCGAUUCCCCACUGACUUGGAGGUAUCGUCCACGACACCACCUUCUUUCGUCAACUACAAAAUAUCCUACAAAUCUGAUACGGAUAGUGUGGAAGAUGCAGUGGAGGAGGACGAACUACUAAUGCACGGAGAUCAGUUGGAUAUUAUCUACGUCGAUGACAGCCUAGAAAAACCAACCGCAGCACCUACAAAGCCGUCAACGUUGAGCUCACGCUACUCCUUAUCCAAAGAGUACUAUGCGUUUCCGGUAUUCACGUUGGGCAAGCUACUCAGGAGUGAAACGGAGAAAACGGAAAAACCAUUGCGUACUUUCAUGGUUGAGAACACUUUUGAUAGUGCGCUUGAGAACGCGCAACAGGAACGUGAGGAGCUAGUAACGCAAGCAAAUGCCGUAAGUGAUAAUAUAGGUGCGGAGCGGAAUGUGGAUGGUGAUGAGGAUGAUGUGGAGACUUGGUUUAUACUCAAUUCGAGGUAUAAAGGACAGCAUAGCCUAAAAAACAAUGAAUAUCGCCUCUCUUCGAAAUACAUACACACGACAGACGUACGAGAACCGAACGACUCAAAUUUAUAG